AUGUCCAAUUAUCACCGACGCGUUGACUGUCUGCAUCGAGAAAUCUGUAUUGGUGUUGUUAGUUACCAAACAGAGCCGCAUAAUCUAUUAACCUACUUUGAACAAUUCGGGCCUAUUAAUCACUAUAGUUUCAGUUCACCGAGUGGCGGUGGUUAUGUUUUUAUAACGUACGAAAACGUUGAAAGUGUGAAUCGAUGUAUGGUCAAUCGUCCGCACCGAGUCGAUGGUCGAUAUUUACAUGUCAAACGUGCGAUACCUUACACGGCUGAAUAUCCCCAAGAGCAUAUCGAAUUAUCGCGUGACAUCAUGAUUAUCAGCGAUUUUUUAGACAUUGACGACAAUUUUCUCAAGGAAUUACGUGAAUAUUUCUCUUCUUAUGGAACCAUCUAUGCUUGCAAGUAUUGUCACGAGGCAAACUUCGAUUAUUUUCUCGUCGAAUUCGCUGAUUAUGAUCAAGUCGAUCGGGUCAUUCUCGACAAGCCACAUUAUUUUAACCAACAAGAACUGCAGUUGAUGAAAUACAUUGCCACGAAUAAAACACUAAUGAAUAUCAAAUACUCUUCGAAAGAAACAUCGACCGUUGCCAAAGAUGCCAUCGAUGUUGACGAUGAUCAGAAGUUUUUGAAAUUCGAAUUGAACUUCAAGGAGAGUUUAGCAGAGAAACAGAAUGAUUACAUCAGUGAAAUCGAUUUACGAAACGAAAUUCACCGCCUGCAGAAUGUGUUGAAACGAAUGAAUGAUGAUUUUAUCAACGAACGGAAGAAAUUAGAAGAUAAUUGUUGUGAACAGUUGAAGAAACUAAAUGACGAUGCUGAUAAGUUAAACCGAUUACAGCAAGAUCUCGAACAAGAAUAUCGAAAGCUAUUGUGCGAACACGAAGCACUCAAACACGAGAAUGAAUUGUUACAUGAACAAUAUCUCACAGCCGAAUUGGAAAAUUUUGAACUCACUUCUUAUUACGAGCAAAUUCUUGCUGAAGAAAAGGCAAAAACGGCACAAUAUGAAACCGAAUACACCCGAAAACUUGAAUGUCUAUAUGCAGAUGGAGCCUCUCCGCUUCCACCAGCCAUUCCCGAUGAUGAUGAUUGA